GAUUCCUCGUAAACGUGCACACCGUUAAUAAUUUAUUUUACAAUCUUUUCAUGUGUGAUUAAGUAUCUGCUAAUAAUCUGUGUAAUUAUCAAUUUUCGAACGACUAGAUUGUACCCUACAUUUGUACCCUAACUGACAUAUGUGUGGCAGGUUAUGUGUAUGGAAACAGAGACGCAUUUUCGCCGCUAAUCAUUACAGGCUAAAAAAACGGUGAUGCAGUUAUGCCACGAUCGAGGUUAUCUCGUUACUCAGGAUGAGUUGGAUCAGACUUUAGAACAAUUUAAGGAGCAAUUCGGUGAUAAACCGAGUGAAAAAAGACCAGCACGCAGUGAUCUAAUUGUUUUGGUAGCCCACAACGACGAUCCUACAGAUCAGCUUUUUGUUUUCUUUCCCGAUGAGCCUAAAAUUGGCAUCAAAACCAUUAAAACUUAUUGUCAGCGUAUGCAGGAAGAAAAAAUUCACAGGGCUAUAAUUGUUGUGCAACAAGGCAUGACACCAUCCGCGAAACAAUCUUUGGUAGACAUGGCCCCCAAAUACAUAUUGGAACAGUUCUUAGAAUCCGAGUUACUCAUUAACAUAACUGAGCAUGAAUUGGUACCUGAACAUAUUGUACUUACUCCGGAUGAGAAGGAAGAAUUACUUACCAGGUAUAAGUUGAAAGAAAAUCAGCUGAUGCGUAUACAGGCUGGUGAUCCUGUAGCACGUUACUUUGGUUUGAAACGUGGACAGGUUGUAAAAAUUAUUAGGCCUUCUGAAACUGCUGGAAGAUAUAUUUCUUAUAGACUAGUAUGUUAAAUGAACUUUUCAUAUGAGCC